UUUGCAUGUGCAGGUGAGAGCAUCAGAGAAGAAUGACUAUUCUAUCAAGGCAGAGCUCAGGUGUCAGAGCAGUUGUCGUCUUCCUGAUCAUCUGAACUACGUCUGGUACAAGAAUCAACAGAAGGAGAAGAUUGAAGGAGAAUCUUAUUCAGGUCUAUUUCAGUAUACAGACAGAGUUUCCUGUGCUGUUAAAGGACUCGAGGAUUUCCGCUCUCCCUCAAUGUUGGUAAGGAGUCAGAUCGACUGGGGUGUGAGUUACACUUCUACUGAGAUCUGUGCCUUCAGAGGAUCAACAGUGGACAUUAACUGUACCUACACAUACCCAUCCAGCUGGAAUCAACUUGAUACUACAGUUCAGGAAAAGUUCUGGUUCAUUAAAGAGAGUAAUGGGAUUCACGUUGAUCUAAAGAAUGAUUCAGAGUAUUCAGGUCGUGUGGAGAAUCUCUGUGGAAACAACACGUGCACUCUGAGAAUCUCUAACCUGACAGAGAGUGACUCAGCUAUGUACAAGUUCAGGUUCACAACAAACCAACCGAAUGGGAGUUUAACUGGUUCAACUGGAGUCACUCUGAAUGUCACAGACCCUCAGCUCCAGAUACAUUUGAGGAGAUCAACAGCCAAUCCAUCUUCUACCUGGACAGAGCUGACCUGUCACAGCAGGUGUCAGCUCCCUGAUCAUCUUUCCUACGUUUGGUACAAUAACAAUAAACCUGUUGGACGAAAAAAAUACUUUCACCUCCGACACUUUAAUGCUGAAGACAGCUAUCACUGUGCUAUAGAAGGACAGGAGCGUUUCCCUUCUCCUACAGUGUAUGCUCCAAAGCCUCCCUCUGGGUCAGUGAGUCCCUCUGGUGAGAUCAUGGAGGGCAGCUCAGUGACUCUGAACUGCAGCAGUGAUGCUAACCCAGCAGCUAAAUACACCUGGUACAAGAGAAGAGGAGAUAAACAAGUUCAACGUCUCAGUGAAGAGACACAAUUUGUCUUCAGCUCCAUCCGGUCGUCAGACUCUGGAGAGUAUUACUGCACAGCUGAGAAUGAGCUGGGAAGGAGUUCAGCAAACAUCUCUAUUACUGUGACAUAUGCUCCAAAGCCUCCCUCUGUGUCAGUGAGUCUCUCUGGUGAGAUCAUGGAGGGCAGCUCGGUGACUCUGACCUGCAGCAGUGAUGCUAACCCAGCAGCUAACUACACCUGGUACAAGGAGAACCGAGUUCUGCUUCAAGGACCAGAGGGUGUUUAUCGUCUCUCCUCCAUCAGCUCUGGGGACAGCGGGGUCUACUCCUGCAAGUCUGAGAAUCAGUACGGACGGAUCAACUCCACGUCUCUACACUUAGACGUCCAGUGUGAGUAGAAAACAUCCACAUGUCCAUGAAACCCAGCACUGUCUCACAACCUUACAGAAAGUUCCUGGGUCCGCCCCCUUAUCUGGAUUCACACCAAACUUUACUGAGUUCUUCCCCUAUAUGACGGGGAAUAAUGUUCUGAUCAGUAUAUGAUUUAGUCUCUCUGCUAUUCGUGGAAAUAUCUUGGAAAAUGUGUCUUUUCGGUCAAAUCUUUGCUCAUCUUGACCUCUGACCAUCUGCUGAAAAAGAAUAUAUACACAACACUAUUCAGUAAGUUUGGUUCAUGUGUUGAGUUAUUUUGUACAUUCACACAAACGGGCUGAAAACAAAUCCCUCAGUACCUGCUUCUGUCUGUGCUGGCGCCCUGGGUUAAUAAUGAUCAUCUAUAUUUAAGAAGCACUUAUCAAAACCAGAGAUUAAAAAGUUCUUCACUUUGGUUAAUGAAUAUUUCUGAGUUGAUUUCAUGAUCUUGCAUGUUUUACACCAGACGCUCCAAAGCCUCCCUCUGUGUCAGUGAGUCCCUCUGGUGAGAUCAUGGAGGGCAGCUCAGUGACUCUGACCUGCAGCAGUGAUGCUAACCCAGCAGCUAACUACACCUGGUACAAGGAGGACGAGGACUCACCAACAGCAUCAGGACAAAUCUUCACCAUCACUAAUAUCACAGCUGAACAUGGUGGAAAGUAUCAGUGUGAGGCCCAGAACACACACGGACGUAGUAAGGCCACCUUACAUCUGA